UUGAUGGGUGCCCACAGUUGUGUUUGAUAUUACCAGUGUUGAGUAAAAGCUUAUUUAUUUCUUAUUCUGAUGGGCUUGUUCAGUCGCGAAACAAUUAUUUAGUUAUUAUAUUUAGCCAUAUCAGUGCAAUAAAAAGUACUUGCGAAGUACUUGAGAGUGUUCACACCAUAAUCAAGAAAAGUAAUAAUAUUCUGUGCAACAAAUAUGUGCAAGUUACAUGCAUAGCUAUUUUCAGUUGUGUGUGCAAGUGUGAAUGUGAGUGCCUGUGUGUGUGUGUGUGUGAUGUGUUGUGUGCUUGAUUAAUGAAAACACUUGUGUUCGUAGUGGUGUAAAGUGCAGCAAUAGCAAUUAAGUUUAAUUAAAUAAUAAAUUGGAUGUGAAAAGGCUGCCAGAGUGCAUUUAUAUAGAGUCAGUAUAAGUCGUAGCAAGAGUGUAACGAAAUGCCACCACUGAAAAGCUACUCCUUGCACCAUGAAUUCAAUGCAAAUGCAAAUUGUCACAACGGCAAUGACAACACCACCGAUAACGAUAACGAUUACUUCAACCAGCCUGCUGCAGCAUCUGCUACGGCUGCAGCUAACACCCAACGCACAAAUCUACCCUCAUAUUGCAACGCCCAGUACCCAUUUAAGGUGCUGUCCAAUCUAAACCAAUUGCGGGAGCAAUCACGCUUCUGCGACGUCGAAAUUGUUGCAGGCGAGUCCACGUUCAAUGCACAUCGCGCAGUGCUGAGCGCUGCCAGCGCCUACUUCGAGGCCAUGUUCAGGCCCGAAUUGGGCCUGAACGAAGUCAAACAGAAAUCAGUGGUGUUACAUACAAUCGAUGGCGACAUACUACACAUACUCUUGGACUUUAUCUACACAGGGCGCUGUGAAAUUACACAGUCAAAUGUGCAGGAAUUGCUCGCCGCCGCGGAUAUGCUUCAACUGAACGAAGUUGUCGACGGCUGUUGUGAAUUUCUUUGUCGCGAGCUGCAUGCCACCAAUGCGCUGGGUAUAUUGCGGUUUGCGGAAGCGCACAAUUGCGAAUCCCUCGCAAAGAGUGCAAUGAAUUUUGUGCAGGCCAACUUUCCAGCGAUAACGCUAGAGGAUGAGUUUCUGGAAACACCGCAGACUUUGUUAUCGCAGCUGCUUAACUCGGAGUUGUUGCGCGUGGACUCUGAAUCGCAAGUGUUCCAGGCGGCGCUUCGUUGGAUUAAACAUGAUGUUACGCAGCGUCGUUGCUAUGUCUUCGACAUACUGUCGCAUGUCCGCAUGGCCUUAGUGCCCGUGAAGGUAAUAGAUAAGGCUUUGAAGGAUGAUUGUCGCGACAUGUCUGUAAAAAUCGCGUUACGCUCCAUUUGCCGAGAUAUUGCUUCGAAACGCGGCCAAUUGGUACCACUGCGCGUGUGUCCACGGCAGCUGGCAAAGAAAAAUAUCUACAUAAUUGGAGGUUCACAUCGGGACACGCCACGCACUUGGAACUCGGCAGAUUGUACUUUCGAGACGGUGGCCAAGUUCGACAUUUUCCGCCGAGAAUGGACUGAGACGGCACCCAUGGAGGUGGGCCGCAUUCUGCCUGGCGUGUCAGCAUUGAAUGGCAAGAUUUAUGUGGUGGGCGGUGAACGUGGAUCGCAAAUUCUGGCCAACGGCGAGGUAUACGAUCCUCAAAACGAUAUAUGGCAGCCAAUAGCACCGAUGAUAGUGCCCCGCUGUGAAUUCGGAUUGUGCACAAUGGGUGGCAAUUUGUUUGCAGUGGGCGGUUGGAUUGGUGACGACAUUGGAGGCACAAUGGAGUGCUAUGAUCCAGAGAAAGACAUCUGGAAAUUGAUUGGCAGCAUGCCGCAGCCACGGUUCAGCAUGGGCGUCGUUAGUUUCGAAGGCCUGAUCUAUAUAGUGGGAGGCUGCACCACGACCACUAGGCAUCUGCCAGAUUUAAUAAGUUACAAUCCCGUGACAAAGGAAUGGACACAACUGGCACGAAUGCAAACGGCACGCUGUCAAAUGGGCGUUGCUGUGCUCGAUCGCUACUUGUAUGUGGUGGGUGGGAGCAGCAUUAGCCAGGACAUACUUAGCUCAGUGGAGCGCUACAACUUCGAUGAUGAUAAGUGGUCGACGGUGUGCGCUCUGAACGUUCCACGCGCAAUACCCGCCGUGGCCGCUGCCGAUGGUUUACUCUAUGUGGCUGGUGGUGAUCAGCCUUGCGAAGUGAACUUCUAUCGUGCUCAAGUCACAAUCAGCGCUGUUGAAUGUUACGAUCCACUUUCAGAUACUUGGAAGAAUUGCCCUGACUUGCCGGUUAGCCGAUCCGAGGCUGGCGCCGUGGUUGUGUAAAAAGCAUCGCACCAGCAAGUGGUCCGCGCUUGCCUAGAGUCGAAUAGCAGUCUUACGAAUCUUAUUUAAACACUUUCAUUAUGCCCUACGAGUCACACUUAAUGUGUUACCAAUUCUAUUUUCUCUUUGAAAGUUGAACGUAGUGCUCUCCAAACAUAGCUUUGUUGCGUGCGGUUAAUGUUUAUAAACGUGUAAGCGUAGCUCAGCUAUUUUUACACAUCCAGUUUAGUAUUAUUUAGUAGUUAGUCUGAAAAGUAACAGAAGCAGCAGCAGCAGCAACAACAAAGCACAGCCGGCAUCUAAUUGUUCCGUAGUAGUUCACUUGAAUAAAUACAAAACUCAAAUUCACACGGCUAAAGGUGUUUAUCGACGUAUCGUAAUUGCUGAAAAAUUCUUCAACUCAAGCCUAUUUAAUGUUUAUGUUAUCGAAUAAUCAUUAAAAUAUGUGAAAUCGCCAGCAUUAUUGGAGCGUUCUUGAAAAGUGCGUGCCCGAAUAACUUCGUAACUGUAUCAUUAAAAUGUACCAAAAACGAAAAAGCAAAAAACAUUCAAAAGAAAGAAACUGUAUUAAUAAUAGGU